CCGCCGGGAGGGGUGUGGGAAGGGGGACUUCAGCAAAGGAGGGGGCCUUCAGCAAGCAGCCUCCCCCCUCCCUUCCCGGAAAGUGAGUGCUUGCUCGGUGUCCCUCGCGAAGAGGCAACGAACUUGCUUCGGCGCCUGAGUAGGAGUUGUUUCUUUUCCUCGAGGCGCGUUGGGCCCACAUUCUUUGGGGGGGGGGAGGGCGGGGAGGGGCGGGGCUUGCUCCUCCUUGGGCUCGCCCCCCGCCAAACUCCCUCGGAAGUGGGAGCAAAGUGCCGGGCAAGUUGGGAGGAUGGAGCUGCACAGCCUGCAAGAGGCGUUCAAAGUGGAAAUCCAAUGUCAUCAGAACGGCGAGCUUAAGAAACAACUCCACGAGAGGCAAUCGCGAAUAGCAGCUCUGAAUGACAAACAAAAGCUGGCGGUGCGAGUGGGGAGCGCAGGAACCAGCAGCAGCAGCAGCAGCAGCAGCAGUGGUGGUGGCACCGGAGCAGCAGGAGAAGGAAGAGGAGGAAGCGGCCGAAGCGGCUCCAGUUCCCUUGGCCCGCCGAGCCUGGCCCUCUCGCUGCUGCCGGCCAAGGGUCCCGACGCCAUGGUGACCGCCCACCUGCCCGGCGGCCGGGGCUGCAGCGCCGAGCCCCCGCAGAGCGCGCCCCUCAACCUGCAGGCCAAGCUGGGCUGCAGCAGCGCGCGCCGCGCCCCCGCCCUCGAGACAGGCGCCCGGCCCCAGAAUUUGGGAACCGUUACUGCCGUGCCGAUUAAAGUUCCUCAGGUCAGCUCCUUGCAGAGGCUGGCAGGACAAAGACCAGCAGUGCUACCUCAGGUUAGGCCAAAGACCCUGAUUCCAGAGAGCCUCCCAAUUUCUCCAUGCAGAGACCAACCUUCCAAACAACCCCCGACGUUCCAAAAGGCAACUGUAGUCAGCAUCAAAAACCCUACUCCCGCCCUUCCUACUGCCAAUAAUACUGUUAGCCAUGUACAGCCUCCCAGCAGUCAGUCGCAAAGUAUCGCUGAGCCGACAGCUCUUUCCUCACCCCUGAGCAGUGCUGGCGUGGCCUAUGCCAUCAUCUCCACAGCACCCAGCAAUGCAGCUCCCAUCAGCAACAGUGCUGCUGUCUCCGUGGUCAGUGACAGCAUUAAAGUCCAGCCACUCCUCAUCAGUGCUGACAGCAAGGUUAUCAUCAUUCAGCCUAAAGUUCAAACCCAAACAGAAAGUAAGGUGGAGAUUAAGAGACCUUCUGAAGAGUCAGUUCAGGGACCCCCUGCUACCAAAAAGAAAAAGGAGGAAAAUCCAGAGAAAAUUGCCUUUAUGGUAGCAUUAGGCUUGGUUACAACUGAAUACUUGGAAGAAAUUCAGAGUAAACGUCAGGAAAGAAAGAGACGAAGCACAGCCAAUCCAGCCUAUAGUGGUCUCUUAGAAACAGAGCGGAAACGUCUCGCAUCAAAUUAUUUGAACAACCCCUUGUUCCUGACCACAAGAGCAAAUGAGGAUCCAUGUUGGAAGAAUGAUGUCAGCCAUGAGGAUUACUGUUCAGCAUGCAAGCAUGGUGCCAAUCUACAACCCUGUGGGACAUGUCCAAGAGCCUAUCACCUCAACUGCUUGGACCCACCUUUGAAGACUGCCCCCAAAGGAGUCUGGGUUUGUCCUAAGUGCCAAGAAAAGGUGUUAAAGAAAGAGGAAAACAUGCCUUGGACUGGAACUCUGGCUAUCGUUCAGUCCUAUGUUACUCAUAAAACAGUCAAAGAAGAGCAGAAGAGGAAAUUAUUGAAGAGGAACAGUGAAUUGAGAGGAGAACACAGGCAGCUAGAAGAUAAAGAAUGCCACCUCAAUAAUGCAGUGAAGAAGUGCUUAGAGCUCAAAAGCAGCCUACUGGCCCAGCAGAAAGGGGUCCAGUCCUCACUGGAGCGCCUCAAAACUCUGGUUAGACUGAUACAGAGUGAGCAGAUGAUUCAGGUUACAAUGACAACCACCACCACCUCCUCCCUGCUCACUGUCCCCUGGAUCAAACCGUCUCCUGCCUCAGCCACCGCUCUCCACAAAGCCUUGCAGCCCACGCAGGGGAACAACUGACAGGCUGCCCAGGGGCCCCGUUUCUCAUUACGAACAAAUACAACACAGAGACAAAACGUGAUCUUGGGAUACAUGCAGACACACACACACACAUGUAAUGUUGAUGGGGAAACGACAAAUUGUAUCAUGAAAGAAAAUCAGGAGAAUCGAUGUCGGACCGCUUUUAUCGCAUCCGGACAUUGGGGGAACCAUUUGGUCCAAUGUUACAACUCAGUGUCAUGGCAACUUUUCACCGAGCAGAUGUCCCGCUGCAGUUUUCUAUUGCUGAGAUUUUCAGCGUUUAGAAUCUUCUUUUCUUCUCUUUCUCUCUGUCUCCCGAUCUCUCUCUUGUUGUGUUGGCCUUAAUGUAUUUAAUGAAUGAGGAAAAUGAAGCAGCAUAUGUCAGCCGGUGAGGAAGGGGGAGGAUGGGACGGAGUGACCUUUGAAAAUGCUUUCCUUUUGGAAGGAAAAAAAUAGUUUUAAAUACAAAGAAUUAGUGAGCUAGUAUGCAAAGUAGAUGGUAGAGUCGGAGGAAAAAAAUGGAGAUGGGUAACAAAAAUGAAAAGCGAACGGCUUGGAACUUAGUUUGAGUUUCCGAGUUUUUAAACAAAACGGAAUAAAGUAUGUUGUGUCGAUUCAGGUUGAACUGGGGAAGGGGCUGAUGGAGAAGAAUUACAUUUGUGGAACACUCACAGAGCCUUCAAAAUCAAAUCAUUUUUUCAGUAUUAUAGUUGAGAAUUACAGAUAUUUAAAUAAAAAAAUGUAUGAAAUUAGCAUUUCUAGUGAAAUAUUGAGGUAUUUUCAUGCUGAUGCUUCUGUAUAUGCAUUCUAAAGUAUUUAAAGAGGUAUGCCUGCAAAAAAAACCCGUACUUUUGCAGGUUCUUUCAACUUAUUUUGCUAUUGAUGUAUUUUUCUCAUGGAGUUUUUUGUGGAAGGUUUAACAUAAACCAUAAUAGUGACAAAUA